CACUUAUCAUCAGCGUUCACACUAUCAACAACAGAACAAUCAUCAGAUUAAGAUGUUGUUUUAAUCUAAUCGAUUUUAGGAGACUUUUUAGCUGAUUCUUUUUAACUUUUCUACCAUUAUCUAUUUAUGUACAGAUACUAAUCCAUAUACGUUUUUGUGUUUAGAGUCAAAACGUUUUUUGUGGUAUCUUAUAUAACGUUAAUCUUCAUCUUAAGUCAAUAAAUCCCCUAAAAAAAAUCUAUAUGAAGCUGUGUUCAGGUUAAAUAGGGCAUUUUAGUUUUAAUACUUUUAAUUCCAUAUUUCUUUUUUUAAAUUAAAAAGACACAUUAUUCAUCAUUUUGUAUCCUAUGGCAUAUUAUUCAUCAUUUUGUAUCCUAUGGCUCUUUGUUUAUGAAUGAUUUACUUUACUAAACGAGUAAUAGACACUUUACUGUUUUUAAAACAAGUAGACGAUUUGGCGCCCUCUUCUGGGCGAAAGAAGAACUGCAUAUGUUUCACCUGUUUUCAUGUUACUAAUGGCAACAGAGCAUAAACAAAACUCCAAAAAUUCAGACCUGCACUUGAAUGAAUGUUGACAAUAUUGAUUUAAAGUUUUCCAUAGAAAAGUGAACAUGAGCUCCCAGCUAGCACUCCUGAAUAAAACAAGAAGUACUACUUUGCAUGGCACCUUGAACGAAGACCGGGACAAAGGAAAAGUGCUAAUGAGGAAGAGUUUGCAUCAAGACUCCCCGGCAGCUAUGAGUGAUCAUUAUACAUCUGUUAAACCCAACUCCCGCGUCCCCUCUCACACUUGCAUUGAUGAAACUUCCACCUCUAACUAUAAAGACUCAUCGAAAACAGGAGAUCCUCUUUGCCAUUCUGAGCUCAUGCACGUCCUCGUGCAGCGACUGACUUCACUAGAGGAAACAGUGAGGAGUCAAGCAGAGGAGAUGGAAAACAAGGGAAAGAAGAUUUCACUGCUGGAGCAGAAGCUGCAGACUCAGCAUGAAUCUGGGAGAGUGGACGGUUCAGGAGAUGAUCUUGAGACAAGAUGCCAAAAGCUGCAGCUUCAAGUGAAUGAAAUGGAGGACUUUCUGGGUGACUAUGGUCUGACCUGGGUGGGAAAAGGGAAGUCCUCUGGCAGGAGGUUCCACAUCGAUUUUAACCUCGUUCUGCAGAACAUCCAUGAGCUGAACGCCAUAGCAGCUGAAGAGGAAUUGUUUGUGCAAACGACAGCCAGAGGAGGAACGCUGUCCAGGAAGGAUCCUGUUCAGCUGAAGCUCUUCAGGAACGGCAUGGUCAUGUCGGAUGAGCCUUUCCGCUCAUAUCAAGAGCAUAGUACCCAACAGUUUAUGCAGGACAUCGUGGAUGGAUACUUCCCCUCUGAGCUCCAGGACACAUUUCCAGACGGUGUACCAUUUCAGGUCCACGACAUGCGGCAUGUGGAUUUUGUCGACGGGCCAGCGUGGGAUGCGUUUCCCGGUAAAGGGUACUCUGUUUGUGGAGAUGAAGAGGAGGAGCCUCCAAAAAUGAUCAGAUACCAGCCGGGAACAGAUCAGCUCCUGAACAAGCUGUCAAAGGGCUCAUCUGACUCCCCAAAAAACAGCACAGUGAUACAUUUGGACACUCCUGCUCUGCAAGCAGUAACUCAGAGCAGUGGCGCUUCUAAAGACAUCACUGUGCUCAAAGUGAAGUCUGAAGAUGGGAACCACAUGUACUUAGUGACCAUGUUUCUCUCAGAAACAGUCGGACACCUGCGGAGCUACCUGGACAAACACAGAGCAGGAGGGCUGCCUGGUUACCACAUCAUCAGCGCUUACCCACCACGCCGCCGCUUCAGCGACGACGGUCUCACUCUGCUAUCAUGCGGCCUCACAGCAAACACAACCCUGCUGCUGCUGGGAAGACGGAAACUUCCAGCACGGAUCAAAAAAACCCAUGAAGUUUGAGAAAAAUAUCUGAGGAAAGACUGUGACAGGCUCCUUCAAAAUAAGAGAGAAGGAUAUAAUUGAAUGAAAUAUGAUUAAAUAAGACGAUUGAAAACCAAA